AUGUCUUAUUCACUAGAGAUAAACAAAUUAGUAUCAGAUGGAUCAAAAGCAUAUUCUCAAAAAAAUUAUGAAUUAGCAUCAGAAAAAUAUGGAGAUGCAUGUCAAUUAUAUUCAAAACAACAUAAUAAUAAAGAAGAUGGAGAUUUAUUAUUAUUAUAUGGUAAAGCAUUAUUUCAAAAUGGUGUUAGUAAAAGUAGUAUACUAGGUGGUAUUGAUACUACUACAACAAAUCAAGAAACAACUAAGGAAGAAGAAGUCAAAAAUGAAGGAGUUGAUAAAGAAGUUGAGGAUAUUGAAGAAGAUGAUAAAUUUCAAUUCUAUGAUGCUGAACCAAUUGAUGGAGAAGUUGUAAAUGAAGAAGUAGAAGAAGAAGUUGAAACGAAAGAGGAAGAGGCAGACGAAGAAAACAAGGACAAUAUAGAAGGAGAAGGAAAGGAAAAUGAAGAAGAGGAACAACCAGAAGAAACAAAUGAUUUUGAAAUGGCUUGGAUGAUAUUAGAUGUUGCAAGAGGAAUAUUUGAAGAUAAAUUAAAAACAUUAGAAAAACCAAAAAACAUAAAAGAACCAUAUAUUAAAUCAGAGUCAGAUCCAAUAGAUAAUGAUUAUAUAAUAAAUUUAAAAAAAUUAUCAGAAACUUACGAUAUAUUAGGUGAAGUAUCAUUAGAAUCUGAAAAUUUCCCACAAUCUGCAUUAGAUUUACAAAAAUCUUUAGAUUUAAGAUUAGAAUUAUAUCCAAAAAAUUCAAGUCCAAUAUCAGAAUCUCAUUAUAAAUUAUCAUUAGCAUUAGAAUUUUGUACUGAUGAUCCAAAUUCAAGACAAAAAGCAGCUGAACAAAUUAAAUUAGCUAUUGAAUCAACAAAAGAAAGAAAUUUAAAUGAAAAAGAUACAACAAAAAGAAAAGAUAAUGAAGAAAUGAUAAAUGAAUUAAAUGAUAAAUAUCAAGAAUUAAUAAAAGAUCCCAACCAAGAUAUUCAACAAGAACAACUAGAUAUUAUAAAGGGGAUAUUAGGUGAAAGUUUAUCAGGUGGUGAUACAGCUGGAGCAACAGAUGCAAUUGUUAAUAAUUUAACUUCAUUAGUUAAAAAAAGACAACCUCAAAAUGAAGGUAAAGUUAAUGAUUUAUCGGAUUUAGUUAAAAAGAAAAAACCAAAGAAGUAA